ACUGGGCGAACAGGCUGUGCUGAGGGCAGCCCGGGAGAAGGCUGGGAAGAUGGCGGCCUCCUGGAGGCUAGGCUGUGACCCGCGGGUGAUGCGUUGCCUCCUGGGCUUCGGCAGUUGCCGAAGCCCGGGGCUGGUGAAGGGAGCUGUUGGAUGGUCUCUCGGCCGCGGAGCUAGUUGGAGAUGGUAUCACAGCACGCAGUCUCUUUGGGCUGAUCCUAUUAAGAUAUUAAUGCCAUCCCUGUCUCCUACGAUGGAAGAAGGAAACAUUGUAAAGUGGCUGAAAAAGGAAGGUGAAGCUGUGAGUGCUGGAGAUGCCUUAUGUGAAAUAGAGACUGACAAAGCUGUGGUUACCUUAGAUGCAAGUGAUGAUGGCAUCUUGGCCAAAAUAGUGGUUGCCGAAGGAUCUAAAAAUAUACGGCUAGGUUCCCUCAUUGGGUUGCUAGUUGAAGAAGGAGAAGAUUGGAAACAUGUUGAAAUUCCCAAAGACGUAGGUCCUCCGUCACCAGCUUCAAAACCAUCAGUGCCUCCUCCCCCCUCACCACAACCACAGAUUUCUACCCCUGUCAAAAAGGAACACACACCGGGAAAACUGCAGUUCCGUUUAAGUCCAGCUGCUCGCAAUAUUCUGGAAAAACAUGCACUGGAUGCUAACCAGGGCACAGCCACUGGCCCUCGAGGGAUUUUCACUAAAGAGGAUGCUCUCAAACUGGUCCAAUUGAAAGAAAUGGGCAAGAUUACUGAAUCCAGACCCAGCCCAGCCCUGCCAACUACUCCCACAGCGCCUUUGCCCCCACAGGCCACAGCCACGCCAUCCUAUCCCCGGCCAAUGAUCCCUCCAGUCUCAAUUCCUGGACAGCCUAAUGUAGCGGGCACAUUCACUGAAAUCCCUGCUAGCAAUAUUAGAAGAGUCAUCGCCAAGAGAUUAACUGAAUCUAAAAGUACUAUACCUCAUGCCUAUGCUACUGCUGACUGUGACCUUGGAGCUGUUUUAAAAGUUAGACAAAAUCUGGCCAGAGAUGACAUUAAAGUAUCAGUAAAUGACUUUAUCAUCAAGGCAGCAGCUGUUACCCUUAAGCAAAUGCCAAACGUUAAUGCGAGCUGGGAUGGAGAGGGCCCCAAGCAGCUACCUUUUAUUGACAUUUCAGUGGCGGUGGCAACAGAUAAAGGUUUAAUUACCCCAAUCAUAAAAGAUGCUGCUGCUAAGGGUCUACAGGAAAUUGCUGACUCUGUAAAGGCUCUGUCAAAGAAAGCCAGAGAUGGAAAAUUGUUACCUGAAGAGUACCAAGGAGGAUCUUUUAGUAUUUCCAACUUGGGGAUGUUUGGCAUCGAUGAAUUUACUGCAGUGAUCAACCCUCCGCAAGCCUGCAUUUUGGCUGUUGGGAGAUUCCGACCUGUGCUGAAGCUCACUCAGGAUGAAGAGGGGAAUGCCAAGCUGCAGCAGCACCAGCUCAUCACCGUCACAAUGUCAAGCGACAGCCGAGUGGUAGAUGAUGAGCUGGCCACCAGAUUUCUUGAAAGUUUUAAAGCAAACCUGGAGAAUCCUUUCCGACUUGCCUAGUCCUCUGAGAUAAGAAGUUGGUCUUUGACUUCGUCAGUUGUAUAGCUGUUACUGAAAAACCUACACUAUAUGAAAACGAUUAGGUAUUUAAGUGUGAAGUGGAUGAAAUGUUUAUUUAUUUAAGAUGAAAGAGUUUGACCCAGGUUAUCCUCUUUAUCAACCCGGGUUUAAUGUUAUAGAACUAAGUAACAAGCUGUAACUAAGAAGAAGAACAUUUGGUUAGUCAGAUCCAUUUUUAAUUUAACCACUGGUGCUGUACAAAAUGGAUGUUAAACUAGGUGUCAAUUAAAUCGUAUGUUUGGCUUAUUGGAGCAUUUUAGAAUAAUUGAGAAUGUAUGAUAUAUUGUAAAGUCAACUAAUUGGUAGAACUCUACCUGAGUUGUGUUGAAAUUAGAAGCGGUCUUCAAAGAGAUGCCCGUUAACGUAGCGGUGGGACCUCACUUCUACAAGCACUGCUCUAGCUAUACUUGAACAAUUUAAUAUGUACAGAAGUUUAUUCUGGAUACUAGUAAAUAAGAAUCAUCACACUGUAUUAGGGGUUGUGGCAACAUUAUUGGAUUUUUUUUUUAAUGUAUAUAAAGCCAUAUGUUUUAGAGUGGUUUCUAUCAGUCCUAUUUUACACAUCUAUGACACUGUGAACUAAAAAAGAAGAAUUAAAGAAAAAUCAAAAGUGAAGAAAAAGAGACCAAAAAUUUUGUUUGUUUCAAUAAUAAACUAUAGUUAAAAUACCUAAAUAAAAUUCAGAAAUAAACUGCUCACCUUCAUACUGAGUUGGAACAUAUUUUAAAAAAUUAUGCUAUUUCCUACCAAA